CGGAGUUGUUUAGGAGGCGCAGCUAGUUAUGGGUCGAUAUAAACGCGAACGUCUUCGCGUAAGAGUCAUAAUGGAUAACAUGAAAGAUCCUCUGCUCAUAGAUCGGGAACGUACCGCUGCCCGAAAUCGUCCACUAAAACGGACUGGAAAACGGACUGGAAAACCGACUGUUUUGUGUGAGGGAAACCAUCAGGUUUGCGACUCUGAUAAAUUUGAUACUCAGCAGGAAAACUUGCCCCAGUCUCCGCCAUCAAGAUUGGCCUCACAGGGUGGCUCUAAAGCUUCGCUGCACGCUUGUUCUACCACCGGUAUGAAAACAAUCCAAUCAGAUCAUUUGAAGGGAUGUGAUCAGUAUCAGACCACUGAAUCUCCGAGCAAGUUCAAAGAUGUGAUUCCUCCACAAACGCAAAGCUUCUGAAAGCAAGAAGAAGCUCGCUAUGAUCAUUAGCGCAAAUUCCCAUAUCCACCACUCUAUAAAACUGCGCUCUCUUUUCUUUCACUUAUCAUUUUAUCAUCCCUGUUUUUGUAACUUAAAAAACCUUGAGAUGCUUUAUCAUGCUUACGUACUAUGGGAAUGUGUUUUAUUCUGUGAAUAUCUUU